UUGAGGCAGUUGGGAGAGAGUAAAGGACUCAUGAAGACCUGAAAGUACUUUAGUCGCUUUAUAUCCUGGGAAAACUUUGUAAGUAUGUGUUUGAAAGGCACAUAGACAUACAAAAGAAAUGUAGAAAGGUUUUCCUGCAGCAGUUAUCCAAGAAGAGCUUGCUUGUUAGGCAGUAGAGACACCCAUCUCUGAAGAGUCCCAGAAGUGUUCACCCUCAUAUCUCUUAAGGAGCAACGAACAAGAUGCAGGAGCUGGAGGAGGACAGGUCCAAGACCAAGUUGAACUCCUACCUUAUCUUCUGCGUCUCAACUGCAGCGAUUGGCUCACUGCAGUUUGGAUACAACACAGGAGUCAUCAAUGCACCUGAGAUGAAAUUACGAACCUUUUUCCAGAACGUGUCCAGCGAGCGUUAUGGAGAGCCUUUUUCCCCGGGAGACACCACCAUGGUGUGGAGUGUGGCUGUGGCUAUUUUCAGUGUGGGUGGCAUGAUUGGGUCGCUCUCUGUUGGAGUCGUUGUGAACAAGUUCGGCAGGCGGAAAUCAAUGCUGUUUUCGAACGUCCUGGCUCUGUUGGGUGGUGGUCUGAUGGGAAUAUCAACUUUGAGUCGCUCCUUUGAGAUGAUCAUCCUUGGUCGAUUGAUCAUAGGUGUUUUCUGCGGUCUCUGCACUGGUCUGACUCCGAUGUACCUGGGCGAAAUCUCUCCAACUGCCCUGCGAGGAGCCUUUGGCACCCUGCACCAGCUGGGUGUUGUUGUUGGAAUCCUGGUGUCGCAGGUCUUCGGUCUGGAGGCUGUUUUGGGAUCAGACAAACUGUGGCCUAUGCUGCUCGCUCUUACCAUCCUGCCGGCCGUGAUCCAGAGCGUCAUGCUUCCUUUCUGCCCUGAAAGUCCUCGCUACCUCCUCAUCGUCCUCAACAAGGAGGAGGAGGCCAGGAAAGCCCUUGAGCGUCUGCGCGGCACCGAUGAUGUGAAUACCGACAUUCAGGAGAUGAAGGAGGAGGCCAUUAAGAUGGCUAUGGAGAAGAAAGUGUCUAUACCUGAACUCUUCCGCUCACCAAACUACCGCCAGCCGAUCAUCAUCGCCAUCAUCCUGCAGCUCUCACAGCAGAUGUCUGGCAUCAACGCUGUUUUCUACUACUCGACAGGCAUAUUUAAAAGUGCUGGUGUCUCUAAGCCCAUCUUUGCCACCAUCGGAGCCGGCAUCGUCAAUACUGUCUUCACCGUCGUCUCUCUGUUCCUCGUUGAGCGGGCUGGAAGAAGGACACUGCACCUGAUUGGACUGGCAGGAAUGGCGGUCUCUGCCCUCCUCAUGACCAUCUUCCUGUCUUUAGUGAGCACCAACCAGGUUAUGAGUUACCUGGCUAUCAUAGCCGUGUUCGCCUUCGUCGCCAGCUUCGAGAUGGGUCCGGGUCCCAUCCCUUGGUUCAUCGUUGCUGAGCUCUUCUCUCAGGGGCCUCGACCUGCAGCCAUGGCCGUUUCUGGUUGCUCCAACUGGACCGCCAACUUCUUGGUGGGGCUGGGAUUUCCCAAACUGGAGGAACUUUGCGGCCCGUACGUCUUCCUCAUCUUUAUGGUCCUCCUGAUCCUCUUCUUCAUCUUCACCUACCUGCGAGUCCCUGAAACCAAAGGACGGACAUUCGAUGAAAUCGAGCAGGGAUUCGGCGGCAAACCCACUGGCACGGCGGCGGUUGGCCCUGUCGUCUUCACGCCAGACACGGGGAACCUGUCCUCAUAAUAACUUCCCAUGGAUCUGCCCUCCGAGAAUCAGUAAUAAAAUUGGUUGGUAUGGAGGGAAAAUAAACUGCAGCUUCUUCUUGUAUGAGUCAAAAAGUUACUAUACUCCUUUUAAAUUACUUUGUACAAUAUUUCCCCCAUGAAUAAUAAUAAUAAUAGUUAUAAUUAAUAAAACCUAAAAGUUUGAGCAGGGUUAAUCCUGACCAAACCUGACUGCUGCACCGGUGCUUAGUGUUUAAGGAUAUCUUCAGUCCUGGCUCGUUUCAUUGUGUUACAUAAGAGGAUCAAUGUAUAUUUGAAUUUUCAGCUGCCCACAGUGUUCAAAGGUUGUAGGCAUUACUCGGUUUUGUAUUGAGGAUAAGCCUGAAAAGCUGGUAUUUUAUGAAGUCAGUUUGGUCCCUAAAUUAAUUAAAGAAUUAAAAAAGUCCCUUUGAAAAACACUUUGCUUUGCUGCCACUGGAGGACAAGGUUGAGUAGAAGCAGAUAAAGCACUGCUAGAAGACCCCCUGCGAGGGUGAAAAAUGUAAUUUUAAAACACUGAAUACAUGUUUUUAAGCACAUAAAGGACAUUUCUCCUUGCUGUCACUGACACCUCAUGACAGCAUUUUUCUGUUUUUAGGUUUUUAAAUUUUACAUUCGACUGUGUUUGAGCUGAUAAGGAAACAGGGCAAGAACAGGUUCGUCGGAGACUUACAGUAAAUCUGAUAUUUUUGUAAAAACAGAAAAUGCUCCCUGAAUUAAAAAUAAAACACUGUGUUAAAAGUGUUUCCCCUACAGCACAAGAGUAAGCUUUAUGGCUCCUGUUUAAGGAUUUCACUGCAGAAAACAAGGAAAAAAUAAUCCUGCCGUAACCUUGUUCUUUACAUUAUGCAAACGUGGUUAAAUUAAAGAAACUCAGGUUCUUUUUUUUCUUUUUUUUUUUUUUGUAAAUAUUUAAAGGCUUUAUUGUACUUGAAAUUAUGUCAGCAAAAACUACUGAAUCACAGGUCAUUUUAUCGUCUAUGAAAUGGUAUUUUUCCCGUUUGAAAUAAUGUGUUCUCAUUAGUCCUGUCUACUUACAUCUUAACGUACAACACAUCCUGUAAGUCACCAGCCUUGUGAGAUUGUGAUGUUGACUAGAGACACUAAAUGGACUGUAUUUAUUUCAGUGUUUAACGCACAAAAUGUUUCAUUAAAGAUGUAAACUUGUUACUGAUAUCUUGACAUCAAGUGUGAGUAUUCUGCAGACUCAAGUUGCUGCGUCAAGAUCAGCUGGUUUUGGCCUUGCUCAAAACCGGAUUGAUUCUCAUACUGUUGCAUUUUUCUUCUGGGUUUGCAUAAACUGGAUGAGGAAGCGCUUUUCUCAUUUCAUCUUUUCUCUUGCAUUCAGCCGUCAGACUCCUUCAUCAAAAGUGAUAUUUAUUCUGAAAUGUCUUUUUCUGGCUUACAAAAUUUGUUUUAUUCACUUUUAGUCUCGUGUUUUGCUGUUAGUUUCAUGUUUUCCUUUGCUCUUUGCACAAUUGUUAAAGACAACACAUUAAUGCUGCUUUGCCAUUCAAGAUAUUCUCAUGUACAAUUUGUAUAUUUUGCUGUUUAAUAGAAUAGUUGUGUAAAUAAAGCCAGUCAAACUACAUACCGACAGUCACAUUUAGAUGAGAGCUGACCUUUGUUGUAAGUUGUAAUUUAAGCUUGCCAUGUGUAACGUGUGGCUAUAACUGAUGAGGAUGUUCAUGUGUGUGUGUGUGUUUUCUCUGUAUGGUCCCAGCUGCUGCAGUAUUUAGCUGUCAUGAAUGUUUAAUGUAACUACUGGUCUGUAAAACUUUAUUAGGCCUGUCUAGUAUUCGCGACUCCACGCUGUGGCUGUCUCUAUUUGCCUUUCCUGUUGUCAUAAAAGCUCAUUCACAGGA